AUGUUGUGAGCUUUCUUCCUAACUGUCUCUAUUAUUUAUUGCCUCUGUUCCCUAAAACUUGCAUUUUCUCAUUCCCUUGAUAGAGAAAAAGGCUCCUUGCCAUUUUUGAGAAGAAAUGGAGAUCCAAAAGAGCAAUAUUGGUUCAAAACAGAGAAUGGUGAAUUUGUUUCUAAGGCUUAUGGCUUUUGUGCUGACUCUUGUAGCUGCCAUACUUCUUGGGGUUGAUAAGCAGACCAAAGUUGUCCCACUCAAAAUUUCACCAAACUUGCCUCCUCUCAAUGUCCCUGUUCCAGCUAAGUGGCAAUACUUGUCAGCUUUUGUGUACUCUUUUGUAACGGAUGUCAUAGCAAGCUCUUAUGCAGCAAUAUCCCUCAUCUUUUUGAUAGCAAACAGAAAUGGGAAGAAAGGGUUGGAGCUAAUUUUGAUCAUUCUUGAUCUGGUUAUGAUGGCACUGCUAGCCUCCAGCGCUGGAGCCGCCAUGGCCGUAGGCCUUAUCGCCUACCGGGGGAACUCACAUGUGGGAUGGAACAAAGUCUGCAAUAUUUUCGAUCAUUUCUGUGAACAAGCUCGUGCUUCAUUUGCAGUAUCUCUAGUUGGGUCCCUGGCAUUCCUCCUCCUCAUAGUGCUUGCUGCUUUGAGCCUACACAAGAGAUCCAAGUAGAACUUUAUAUUUUAGUAUCAUCAAAGCACACAAUUGUUACUCUAAAGGCCGUCCUAUGUUACUUUGGGAAAAUAAAAGACUACUGUUUUAUUUACUUAUGAUGUUUGAAAUCAAUCUUGUACAAAAUCCUAGUAGUUCAUUUCUUCGUAUAAAAAGGUCAUGAUGAAUUACGCUCAUUUUUAGAAGAAAAUGAAUACUUAUGAUUUUG